GCUAGGAACUAACUCGAUAGUUUAUUUUCGCAUUUGCAAUUUCUGCAGCCAAUGUUUAUAAUGCUUUAUUUUGUUUAAAUUAAUAUAAUUACAAAAACAAAGUAUCUACCUAUAUCUCUGUUGAUUGGCAUUGGAGAUCAUUCAUCGCGAUAUGUCAGGUAUUUUGACCUUAAUUGUUUUCCUAUUUUCGUAUGGAAUUCAUGGAAGUGCGGCUUGUGAAAUCAUAAAUGAGCCAAACAGCUGCAGAAUCAAUGCAAUAUGCUUCGGUGACUUUUAUUAUAACCUUGGUCUUAUGGCGAGAGAUAAUUACGAAUGCCAAGGCUCAAACACAUACAUAAAUAAUGGUGGUGAACUACAUGUUAAGUACAGAGGUUUCGACUAUGCUAGUAUACAACGGCUAGAUUACGAACACUUAUAUUAUAUUGUUGAAUUGAAUUUUGACGAUAAUCUGAUUAGUGAAAUACCUGUAUUUCCAGAAAUGAAUAACUUGAGAAUACUUAGUUUUGAAAGAAGUGGAUUAACAAAUGCUAACUUAUUUAAUGAAUUUGAACUGUUGUCUCUCACGGAAAUAAACUAUUCUCAUAACACAAUUAACAAAAUUAUUGACAAUACAAAUCAACAUGCCUUUAGUAAGUUGCAAAUUUUAAACAUCUCAAAUAACUAUCUUGUUAAUAUACCGGAUUCAAUAUUUGAAGCACUUACGUCUUUAGAUAAGCUUGAUCUGUCUUAUAACUACAUUGAUGUUUUGAACUUUAUGACUUUUGAAGGAAUUAAGCAUAUAAAAUACCUUAAUUUGAACCACAAUCGUAUUUCUGGCUUAAAUUUAUCUUUACUAAGGUUUAGGGAACUUGAAGAACUAUAUCUGUCAAGUAAUAAGAUAAGCAACAUUGCCGCAAAAGAUUUCGAGCAUUUUGACGGUUUAAAAGUAUUAGACCUCAGUCAAAAUUUAAUUGCAAACAUUGAACACAACGCUUUUCAAAAUAUGAAAGUUGUAGAAAAUAUAAACCUAAGCUAUAACAAAUUAGAAAUAAUUGAUAAAGACACACUUAGAGACCUUAAUUCGUUGGAUAUCUUUGACAUUUCGAUGAAUAGCCUAAGAACAAUACCUAAAGAGAUAUUUAAAGACAAUUCUAUAUCAUCGCUUGUAAUAACAGGUAACAAUUUAGAAGGUAUCUUAACUAAGUUUAUGUUUCAGGGUUUGACAAAAGUAACAGACAUUGAUUUGAGUUUUCAAUCCAUAAAAACAUUGGAGGAUUAUGCUUUUUAUGGGCUGACUAACCUUCAGUCACUUAUAUUGAAUAAUAAUGCUAUAGAAACAAUAUCACCAAAGUCGUUUAGUUUACUUAAUCAACUAAUUCAGUUAGAUUUAUCUAAGAAUUAUAUUGUGUCUCUUAGUUUUGAAAAGACAGAUUUACUUCGUUUGAAAUCAUUAGGUUUAGCUAACAAUAUAAUAAAUCAUAUUCGGCAAAGCGAUUUAAGCUAUUUAAAUGCGCUGAUACAUUUGGAUUUGUCAAAUAAUUAUAUUUCUCAUUUUGAUAUUGACUCAUUCAAGAGUCUUAGUAAUUUAAUCAACUUAAAAAUUUCGGAAAAUCCUAUUAAUGGUUCUCUAGAGGCAAACACAUUCUUUGGUUUAAAUUUGCUGCCUAGCCUGGAUAUAUCACAAACAAAUUUGACUACUUUGAGAAACGCCUCGUUCAGUGGGAUGAAUCAUUUAAAAGACUUGAAUAUUUCAAAUAGUCAAAUCAAUGAAAUUCAAUAUAAUUCUUUUAUUUAUACGGAAUGUAUUGAAAUACUCGAUUUGUCGUUUAAUAAAAUAAUGCAAUUUAAUGUUAACACGAGCCAUCUAAUACAUUUAAAACAACUUAUUUUAAACAACAAUCGCUUAACUUAUUUCUAUUCAGAAACAUUAAGAGGCUUGUUUGCACUUACUGAUUUAAUGAUGUCUGAGAAUCAAAUAAAACAUAUAUCUGAAGAUGCAUUUGAUAGUCAAAACGAUCUCAGAAGUUUAGACUUAUCAUACAACCCAACUUUAAAUUUAAAUAUGAGUAUGAGUAUAAUACAGAGUUUACGUAGUCUUUACAAAUUAUUCUUAUCAGGAGCAAAUAACCAAAUAAAUUUUAGCCUUCUUCAAAAUAGUAAAAUAACAAAAUUAGUUCUUUCGCAUGGUGCUGUAACUAAUAUUACUGCUAUAACGUUGAAAAACCUUAAUUUUUUAAAUGAAAUUGACGUUAGUUUCAAUAACAUUACAGAAAUAAAGGCUACUGAUUUAAUUGGUUUGACAGAAUUAAGAGAAAUUGAUAUAAGCUAUAACCAAAUACACUGCAUUCAACCGGGUUCCUUCAGAGAGAAUACCUUACUUUUAACCAUGAAUAUUUCUCACAAUUAUUUAAAAGUUAUAACUUACGGUACCUUCACUGGAUUAAAUUAUUUAAAAACGAUUGACUUGUCUUACAAUGAAAUUAAAAGUUUAAAAAGUGAUCACUUUUACGAACUCCAUGGACUUACAAAUCUGAUCGCAGAUCAUAAUAAUAUUGAUUAUGUUGGCAUAGAAGAAUUUUCUGGUACAAAUCUUGCAAUCUUGAGUAUUGGAGAUAACCCAUUACCGUGUGACAUAUUAAUAAGACUUAAAAAAGGAAUGGAGACUAGUUUUACUGUAACUGCAAUAAAAAUAGAUCAUCAUUCUGAAAACGUUGAUGGUGUUACUUGCAAUAAUAGACACGAAAAAAUGCCUUUAGAAAACGAUGACAUUCAGAUAAAUAAAACACAAGAUACUAUGCUAAAAGCUAUUUUAACAAACACACCGAUUAUGUUUCAAGAAGCAAAAGUCUUACAUGAUAUUCGCGACAUUUUGAGAAAUGCUUCCAUAAUAAAUGAAAAUAAGCAAAUAUCCACAUAUAAUCACACCAGUGAUAACCAAAACGAAGGUGUCCUUGUUAAUCUUACUUUGUCAAUCCAACGGGCCAAUGAAAUUAUGGAUGAAAUUAAAAUUACAGAUUCGUACAGUCGUACAGAACGCAACGAAACCAAUGAACUUUUAAAAAAAAUACUGCAAGUUAUAAAUAAUACUAAACCGGUAUAUCCAAAAAGCAAUAUUCCUGCAACGCAGAAAACAGCAACUGAAACUCGUGAAAAAACGCAAACAGUUAAUAAAGUUUCUGACGAAAUCCUAACACAUAUGAACAACAAAUUUAGUGAGAUAGAAAACAAAAUAAGAGAUCUUAAUUAUCGAAUUAACAAAGAUAGAAUUGACACAUUUCCUGUGACUACCGUAAGACCGAAGAAUGAAAGACUAACUGGUUCAGGUACUAGUUACAACAGUAGCUCCGAGAAUCUAGGAUCCUCCUCAAUGUUCACAGAUAUUUGUGUGGCUCUCAUACUUUUAAUACUAGUAAGUUUUGUUUUGUAUAAAAUUUAUAAAUCAAAGCGGUUCAUUCCAUCUCGUAGGUCCAUGAGUACUAGAGAGAUUGUAAACUCUAUGGAAAGCUCUAAUUUGUAAGAUUUUUAAAGAUAAACUUGAUUGCAUAAAUACAUAAAUAAACUUGUUUAAAUACAAUA